AUGGAUGUAGAUAAGAACAGCGUGGAGAUAACGAUACCGCUGAUGCAGACCGUUGCUAAUCUACACUUUCAAAACAUCACUUACCAAGUCCGGCAGCGAAAGGAGCAGAAGCAGCUGCUGAAGAACAUUUCGGGCACGUUCAGAACCGGGCGGCUAACCGCCAUCUUGGGCCCAUCGGGUGCCGGCAAAUCGACACUGUUGAACGUACUCAGUGGCUUCAAAACGCAGGGCGUUAGCGGGAAUAUCAUAGUCAACAAUGAAAUCAUCGACCGUCAGCGGUAUCGGCAGCUGGUUGCGUACACCGCACAGGAUGUGACGCUGCUACCCAACAUUACGCUGCGGGAAAACUUGCACUACGCGGCCGAUUUGAAGCUCGCGCGCGCGGUGUCCCUGGCGCACAAGGUCAAGAUCGUGAACGACGUGAUAGCGCUGCUGGGGCUGCAGAAGUGCGCCCACAACCAAACGCAGCUGCUGUCCGGGGGGGAGAAGAAGCGGCUUUCGAUCGGGUUGGAGCUCGUUUCGAACCCGAAGAUUAUGUUCUUCGACGAACCGACCAGCGGGCUGGACAGUGUUUCGUCGUACCAGGUGAUCACGUACUUGAAGAAUCUCGCCCGCCAGGGACGGUGCGUGAUAAGCGUGAUCCAUCAGCCGAGCUCGGAGCUGUUGGAGCUGUUUGACGACAUCUACGUGGUGGUGGAUGGACGCUGCAUGUACCAGGGAUCGUUGGAUGAUUUGAUUGUGGCGUUCGCUGAGGCGGGCUUCAACUGUCCACCGUACUACAAUCGAGCGGAUUUCGUAUUGAAAAUAGCCGCACAAUAUGACACAAAAUGCAGCGAGGUGGAGAAGCUGAUCGUAAAAUCGGAAAAGUCCAUUACUGCUGCCAUGAAUUUAGGUAUCCAGCCAGAGUUCGAAUCGGGCGAAUUUCUAGUCGAGGGACGCGGUCCUCAGUAUCCGAUUAGCUGGUGGAACCAAUUUACCACACUUACCCGGCGCACCACCUUGGGCACGGUUCGCAACCCAUCGCUGAUGGGGUUGCGCUUUUUCGGCCACCUUCUGUUCGGGUUUACGAUCGGGUUCGUGUUCUACAACAUUGGGGACGAUGCGUCCAAGGUGCUCUCGAAUAUCUCGCUGCUGAUUGCGUUCCUGAUGUUCAUCAUAUUCGCCAACGCUAUGACGGUUAUAUUGACGUUCCCGAUGGAGAUGGCCGUCUUUGUGCGGGAGCACAAAAGCAACUACUAUUCCAUCUCGGCGUACUAUUUCUCCAAGCUGGUGGCCGACUUCCCGUGGAUGCUGGCCGGUGUGACGGGCUUUCAGCUGAUCAUGUACUACCUCAGCGGUCAGCUGAACGAAACGGAUCGCAUCCUUAUGUUCUGGGGCAUAUGCGCAUUGUUUGGGUGGCUUUCGCAGGUGUACGGUCUGAUCGCUGGUUGCCUGUUCCCGAUCGAGGUCAGCCCAUUCAUUGUGCCGGCAUCGGUUAUUCCUGCCCUGCUGUUCUCCGGGUUCUUCAUACGCUACAACGAGCUGUUUGACUUCUUCAAGCCGCUCACACUGGUGAGCUACUUCCGCUACGGGUUCGAGGGGCUCGUACAGGCAACGUACGGUCACAACCGGACGGAGUUGGGCUGCGAGGAGAUCUUCUGCUACUAUCGCAAGACGAGCAAAAUUCUGGAAGCGCUGCACAUGGAACCCAACCGCUACUGGACGGAUGUGCUGGGGCUUGGCAUCUGGAUUCUGUUCCUGCACGUCGUGCUGUAUCUCAGCUUGCGGUUGCGGCUACGGUUGAACCGCUGA